UCCCAGAUGAGUGUCAGUCAGUCAAUCAGUCAGUCAGUGACGGACAUCAGAACCGGAGCUCCGGAUCAUGUCUCCGUUAACGGCCUCCUGACAGCAGCUCGCGGCUCGGUUCCGGUGUCGGUGUGCGAGAUGGACGCUGGCGAAAGAAAGGAUGUGAAGCUCUCUGCUGAAGUGGAACCGUUUAUCCCUCAGAAGAAAGGUGUUGAAGCUUCAUUAUUACCCAUGAGUCUGUGCGGUGAGGGUGGAGCUGAGCCCACACAAAUCCCCUCUUACCUGAUCACCUGCUACCCCUUCGUACAGGAGAACCAGAGCAACAGUCGGCAGCUGCCCAUGUAUAACGGAGGAGACCAGCGCUGGCAGCAGCUCAACCCGAGCCCCGGCGGGCCGUACCUGGCGUACCCCAUCCUGUCGUCGCCCCAGCCGCCCGUCACCAGCGAUUACGCCACGUACUACCACGCCAUCAUGCCCACGCCCUGCCCGCCCGUCAUGGGCUUCUACCAGCCCUUCCCGGGGCCGUUUGCGGGGCCCGUACCGGCCGGCGUGUUGAACCCCGUGUCCGACUGCAGUGACAGGCCAACGCCACAGAGAGGGAGAGGCGUCCCACGAACACCUGUCCUGCACAAGCAGCCGAUGGCUCAGCCAAUGAGAGCCAAGCGUCCCGUGAUGCGGAGCGUGGCGGUGCAGAAGGAGGUGUGUGCGACCGGGCCUGAUGGGAGGACCAAGACGGUGCUGUUGGUGGACGCAGCGCAGCAGACAGAUUUCCCCGGCGAGGCGUCGGGCAGCGGGGCGGUCAGGUGUGUGUCGGAUCAGGCGAGUCCUCAGCUGUGGAGUAAUAAAGCUCGACGCAGGCGCACGUCGCAGCAGGAGUCGUCCAGUGAGCAGGGAGUCAGCGAGGCCGACAUCGACAGUGACAGCGGAUACUGCAGUCCCAAACACAACCAGGGAGCCAACAACACCUCCACCAAUCAACACACACCCGCGGCGGCUGUGGACGCUGGCGUCAUGACAGCGGUCAGCUGGGGGAAUGUGUCGUCGCAGGCCGUCCAGAAGCCGUGGCCCGACAGGAACACACCGUUCUUCAGAGGCAGCAGAACACCUGAGAGGAGCUACACACAGGACUUCCAGAUGAGCUUCGGGUGUCGUGCAGCCGGACCGAGGAGAUCCACCCCUCCAGAGACCCCCAACACACACCUCACACCUGAGCCACUGUACUUUCAGGAUGAGGAUGAGUUUCCUGAUCUGGCCACAGGCGGCGCUGCUCAGCGGAAUAAACCGGAUCCAGUUCAACCCAAACUUCCCAAGACCCUGCUGGAUAACCUUCCGGAGAAUUCCCCCAUCAGCAUCGUGCAGACGCCCAUCCCGAUCACCAGCUCCGUUCCCAAGAGAGCCAAGAGUCAGAGGAAGAAAGCGCUAGCGGCCGCUCUCGCCACAGCGCAGGAAUACUCCGAGAUUAGCAUGGAGCAGAAGAAACUACAGGAGGCUCUGUCUAAAGCAGCCGGUAAGAAGAGCAGGACGCCGGUACAGUUGGAUCUGGGCGACAUGUUAGCGGCGCUAGAGAAGCAACAGCAGGCCAUGAGAGCGCGACAACUCAACAACACCAAACCACUCUCAUACACAGUCGGGACGGUGAGCGCUCUGCACAGUAAAGAUUGCGGCAGUCGAGUGACGGGACUCAAGAACACACACACUCCUCCUCACAACAUCCUGGACUCCAGCGCGCCGCGCAUCAAGAGAGGCAAAGAGAGAGAGAUUCCCAAAGUCAAGAAGACCACCGCCAUGAAGAAGAUUAUUCUGCAGGAGCGCGAGGUUAAGAAAGGCAAGAGUUCAGCGGAUCAGGGCGUGUCUGGAGCCGACGAGCAGAGAGACUCUCUGAGCUUCACGGACACGCUCACACAGGAGCAGGACGAGAACGGUCUGAGCAUGCCCAGUGAUGCGUCCCUGUCUCCAGCCAGUCAGAACUCUCCGUACAGCAUCACACCCGUGUCUCAGGGUUCACCAGCCAGCUCGGGCAUCGGGAGCCCCAUGGCUGCGUCGGCCAUCACCAAGAUACACAGCCGCCGGUUCAGAGAGUACUGUAAUCAGGUGUUGAGUAAGGACAUCGACGAGAGUGUGACGCUGCUCCUGCAGGAGUUGGUUCGCUUCCAGGAACGGGUUUAUCAGAACGAGCCGAGCAAAGCCAAAGCCAAGCGGCGUCUGGUCAUGGGCCUGCGAGAGGUCACCAAACACAUGAAGCUGCACAAGAUCAAGUGUGUCAUCAUCUCGCCCAACUGCGAGAAGAUCCAGGCCAAAGGUGGUCUGGAUGAGGCCCUUUAUAAUGUCAUCGCCAUGGCGAGGGAGCAGGAGAUCCCGUUCGUCUUCGCUCUGGGCCGGAAAGCUCUCGGCCGCUGCGUCAAUAAACUCGUACCUGUGAGCGUAGUGGGAAUAUUCAACUACUCUGGAGCAGAGGCUCUCUUCAACACGCUGGUGUCCCUGACGGAGGAGGCGCGCAGGGCGUAUAAGGAGAUGGUGAGCGCGCUGGAGCAGGAGCAGGCCGAGGAGGCGCUGAAGAACGUCAAGAAGGUCCCGCACCACAUGGGUCACUCCAGGAACCCGUCGGCCGCCAGCGCCAUCUCCUUCUGCAGCGUCAUCUCAGAGCCCAUCUCAGAGGUCAACGAGAAGGAGUACGAGACUAACUGGAGGACGAUGGUGGAGAACGCAGACGCGCCGGAGCCGCCGGACUCUGAGCCAAUCAGCAGAGGGAACAACAGAGAUCAGCGUGAGGUCGUGUCCCCGCCCCCUCAGCCGACGGCCAAUCAGAGCCUGACCCCGAGUCCCGGCGCGGCCCGAGCGCCGGACGAGUCCCGUACGGAUGACCGGCUGGAGUGGGCGUCUCUGAGCACCGAGACCGGAUCCCUGGACGGCAGCGGCCGAGACCGGCUCAACUCCUCCAUCACCAGCACCACCAGCACACUGGUGCCGGGCAUGCUGGAGGAGGAGGACGAGGAGGAGGAAGAGGAGUACGCCCCCGAGCCCAUCGUGCCGCUCAGCAGCCGCAUCGAGUCCUGGGUCUCCAAGACGCUGGAGAACCUGCAGCUGAGGAGGCCGAGCAGCUCCGAGGACGAGGAGGGGCGGGCGAGCGACGAGGAAGAGCUGGACGACUCCGACGUCAGCGCAGAACCGGCGGGGGACGAGAAGGACGCGGCGGACACGGUGACGGGUGUCGCACACACACACUGACUCGGGUUACGACUCGCACACGCUUCGUUGUCGUCAGGUCCACCCUUCAAACCCUUUAGAGGAACGACGGAUGAUGCUUUUCGUCAUCAUAUGACUCGUAUGAAUCAGUGAGUCUUAAAGGAACAGUUCAUUCUGUCUUCAUUUAUUCGUUUGGGGGAAUUCUUUCUUAAUGUUAAUGAAGGAUUCAAACGUACACACACACACACACACACUCAGGUUCUCUACUCACACACUCUCUGUGAACGAUUCAUCAUCGUCGGCUCGCCCUGGUGCGAUGAUGCUCCAUAUGACUCGUAUGAAUCAGCUCUGUGAGUCUUAAAGGAACAGUUCAUUCUGUCUUCGUUUAUUCAUCCUCGUGUCGUUUCUCCCGCGAAGCACAACAACUUUUCGGUGUUUGAUUCAGAAUCAUUUGAUUCAUAUGAACCGCUGUCAUGAUGCUCCCACUGGAGAAUUAAAGGACACGAGAGCGAGUGAACGAUUCAAGGUUUGGGUGAAUUCUUUCUUAAAGUUAAUGAAAGAUACACACACACACACACACACCAGGUGGAAAACGAAGCAUUAAUGAACUCUACAGAAGAUAAACUGCAUAACUAAUGACUCCUGGUGUACAUAACAUGUUUAAUGUUUCUAAUAUUCUGUCCUAUUUAUGGCGCUUGAAUUAAACCGAUGACGGGUGUGUUUUA